UCUGCAGGACGGAAGGCGAACACAGCGCGAGGUAGCGGCAGGAAGCCAGCCAGUUGGUGCUCGGGUCGCAAGGAGAGAGGAAGGAACGAGGUUUCUGCCAUUGUCUAGUGGAGUGACACACGCAGGCUGUGGGAACUUCCGGUUCGCUGCAUGUUGGAGUUUCCUUGAGUUUCAAGUUGUUCUGGACUUGAUGUGCCUUCAGUAUUAGUUGUGUUUAGUGCGUUUAACUGUUUGAUGCGUUGGUAGACAUUUCCUUGUUUUGGUGGGAUUUCCGUGUUUGUGAAAUUGUCUUUAGAGCGGUGUGUGUUCGAGGAUAGGGAGUAGUGAAAUAUUUUAAAGUGGCGUACUGUGUAUUGGUAAAGAGGUAUAAAAAUAGAAAUUUGACGGUAUUUGUGUCCCAGUAAAAGAUUAGUAUAGUUCCCAAGUAACGUUGGUUACAGCCUUUUCUGAAGGUCAUCACUGACGUCAAAUUUGCGAGGAAUAACUUCACUGGUUGCCAAGAAAUACUGUAGUAUCCCGUCUGGUGAUAACUUGAGAAGUGCCGGUGCUUAGAAUGAGCUGAUGAUUUGUGGUGAUCCUAUGAGUGAAGUUUGACCAUGCAAGAGAGAACACAGGGCCGAAGGGCCCAGCCGCCCAUAGCAGUGGCUGCGGGGUGGUUUGCGUCUUUAAAACGGCCCAUAAAACGGACUCGGGGGCGCUCCGGUUCAAAUUCGUCGCUGCCUCCGUCUUCAGGGGGAAUGCUGCUGGCGCGGUCAGCGUGGGACCUGUCUCAAUCGCGAUGGCAACUGAAGGAUGCUCUCGGGGAAGUUGUUGCGGAAAUGGAGAACAUGGAUACGGCGGAUGAGGGUAAAAACAACACCAAGGCAAAACAGAUGUCUAUUGGACGCAAGAAAUUCAACAUGGACCCGAAGAAGGGGAUCGAGUACCUGAUUGAACACGGCCUGCUGAAAAGCACGGCGGAAGAUGUUGCCCAGUUCCUGUGCAAAGGGGAAGGCCUCAACAAGACUGCCAUUGGCGACUACCUCGGCGAGAAGAAUGACUUCAACGAGAAGGUUCUCAAGGCAUUUGUUGAGCUUCACGAUUUCACUGACCUCAUUCUGGUUCAGGCCUUGCGACAAUUUCUAUGGAGUUUUCGUCUGCCUGGCGAAGCCCAGAAGAUAGAUCGUAUGAUGGAGUGUUUUGCACAGCGAUACUGCCAGCUCAAUCCUAACAUUUUCACAAAUACGGACACAUGCUACGUCCUGUCAUUUGCUAUCAUCAUGCUGAACACAAGUUUACACAACCCCAGUGUAAAAGACAAGCCCGCUGUGGAGCAGUUCAUAUCAAUGAAUCGGGGCAUCAAUAAUGGGGGGGACCUGCCCCAAGAGCUGCUAGUUAGUCUGUAUGAGAGUAUAAAGACUGAGCCAUUCAAGAUCCCUGAGGACGAUGGCAAUGACCUUAUGCACACGUUCUUCAAUCCCGAUAAGGAGGGUUGGUUGUGGAAGCAGGGGGGACGGUACAAGAGCUGGAAAAGGCGGUGGUUCAUCUUGAAUGACAACUGUCUUUAUUACUUUGAAUACACGACAGACAAGGAGCCUCGUGGUAUUAUCCCCCUAGAGAACAUUCGAGUACGAGAAGUGAGUGAUCGACACAAACAUCACUGUUUCGAGCUGUAUGCCAGUGGCUCAGACUUCAUCAAGGCUUGCAAGACAGACAGCGAAGGCAAAGUGGUCGAAGGUAAACACACGGUGUAUCGCAUGUCUGCGGCAACACCCGAGGAGAAGGAUGAAUGGAUCAAAUGUGUGAGGCAAAGCAUCAGUCAUAACCCAUUCUAUGAUAUGUUGGCUGCUCGCAAAAAGAAAGCCCAGAAGACAAGUGCCCACCAUCACCACCACUCCAAAAGUUAAAACUGAUUGGAUGUUUGAUAUCGCAUCGCAGCUUGUGCCCACAAGAUCUGGACCUUGUUGAGCUAGAAUCUUAUAUCUUCCAGUGUUGAAACGUUUUGUGUUGGACUCCUGUGUCUGCAUUCUAAUUCAUUAGUAGUGUGUUCCCAGGUUCUGUCAGUAUCUGUAACUACAAUGUGUUUCUGAAGGUGUGUAUGAGCACUGCGUGUAUGUAUACUGUUUAUCACGAAUUAAGUGUUUAUAGCUGAAUGAAUGUGGAAUGUUGUGAGUGCUUGAAUGGUGUUACCUGUAUCCAAAAUAAGUUUAUUUUAAUGAACUAUGAUAUACAUAUAUAUAUAUUCUUACUGACAAAACAAAGUGAUUUGUGGUAUUUAUUAUAUAUUGCAGAAAUUGCCAAAUAGGUCCAUAUUAAUUCCCAGAUAAGCAUUCUGUACAUAUUUAUCAAUGUGCAUUUAUUUGGCAAAUGUAGAAGGUGCAUUUGAACUAAACGGAUGGUUGAAUUAUAGUGAGGCUAUGGGAACAGUUCUCAUGGAUUGAUCCCCCCCCCCACAUCUUUAUCGAGCUGUUGUGCUUCCUCAUCCAGGGUACUUCCCAAUUUUGAUAUAAA